CAACAUACACUUAGAAAAUCUUGUCCUCUUCCACUACUUACAACUCCAAGCAAACAAAAAAAACCAUCCAUAAAAGAAUAGCCAUGUCCCGCAUCGCCCUCGCAACGUCCAUCGCGCACGUUGGAGUCGCCAUCGGGCACACCGCUUUUGGUUUGGACAUUUUCUCUCGGGCUCAAUGGUCUACCCUCCCCAGACUUCUCUUCGCCUACGCCCGGGUCGGUUGGUACCAAGGUUCCAUAUUGUUCACUAUUGCAGGACUACACACGUAUCAAAUGUCGCAACGUGACCCCUCAACCUGGACUACAGUUGAGCGGGCCAUCGCUGGCAUCUUGAUUGCGCUGUACUGGGCGAGCAGUGCAUGGUAUUUCAAACACGGGGACAAACCGACUGGCUUGCUUACAGCUGUCGUCGGCGCAAUGCAAGCCCUGACAUUGGCACAGUAA